GUCUCUAAUAAGGACACCGCUCUGUCUAAAUAAAGGUGAAAUAAAUUAGCCAGACAGCAAAUGAAAUAAUAGUAAUCCGUCACUUACUAUGGGGGAUACGAAAAUAACUCCAGAGGCCCUGCAAGAGCUACUUUACCGUUAUAAUUUAACGCGUCAGGACUUUAUUGAAAUCUACAAAAUCCAACCGCUGGUUUAUACGCCUGAGCUUCCACCUGGAGCCAAGACAGCGUUCGUGAUUGUGUACGCGGUUAUUUUCUUGCUGGCACUACUUGGAAAUAGUUUGGUUGUUUACAUCGUGGUGAGAAAGCGGGGAAUCCAAACUGCCACGAACAUCUUCAUUUGUUCUCUAGCAGUGAGCGACCUCCUGAUUUCGUUCUUCUGCAUCCCGUUCACUUUACUGCAGAACAUCUCAUCCGAGUGGCUGGGAGGUGUUCUGGUGUGCAAGACCAUUCCCUUUGUCCAGACGACAGCAGUGGUGACAGGUAUACUCACCAUGGCGUGCAUCGCUCUGGAGAGGUACCAAGGCAUCGUCCAUCCACUCAGCAUGAAGAGACAGUACACACCACAGAGAGCCUACAGGAUGCUGGGAGUUGUUUGGCUUGCCUCCAUGAUUGUUGGAUCUCCUGUUGUUGUGCAACAGUUAGAGGUGAAGUAUGACUUCCUAUACGACUACCACGUGUGCUGCCAGGAGCGUUGGCGCUCAGCCUCACACAGACAGCUGUAUGCCACCUUCAUCCUGGCAGUUCUGUUCCUCCUGCCCCUGGCGGCCAUGUUGAUCCUCUACACACGGAUAGGGAUCGAACUGUGGAUCCGCAAGAGGGUGGGCGACUCCUCUGUACUUAACACCAUGAACCAGGGAGAGGUGGGAAAGAUCUCCAGAAGGAAGAGGAGAGCCAUCAAGAUGAUGAUUACCAUUGUGGUGCUAUUCACUGUGUGCUGGGCCCCAUUCCACACCGUCCACAUGCUCUCUGACUAUAAUUACCUGGACGAGCAGUUCAACGACAUCACGGUGAACAUGAUCAUGGCCAUCGCCCAGGCCAUCGGUUUCUCCAACUCCUUCAACAACCCUAUCGUCUACGCCUUCAUGAAUGAGAACUUCCAGAAGAAAUGUGUGUCCACCUUCUCCCAGUGCUGCCGACGGKCAAACCAGAGGGUUGGAGCUCUAGAUGUUACCAGUAGAUCCAAACUGCAUGUCCGUUUUACCCGACCGAGGGACAGACAAGAGGCGGCCAUCUUGGAAGACAUGUCCAUCGUACAGGCCACCAGGACACAGAUUGGUGUGAUUGAGAAUGGGGCCUCACAGCUAAAUACAGCUUUAUCCUAUGCAGAGGAGAAGAUCUCGUUUGUGACCUGUGAGCCACAGACAUGAGUGGAAGUCAGAUGUAGAUAUGCCUAGAUUAGAUUUGGGACUUCUGUUCCCUAAUGUGGUCCUGCUUGGCUCAGUUGGUAGAGCUUGCACCGCCAGGGUUGUAGGUUCGAUUCCCGGGGCCACCCAUACGUAGAAUGUAUGUAUGCAUGACUGUAAGUCACUUUAGAUGGAAGCGUCUGUAAAAUGGCAUCUAUUAUCAACAGUGAGGUUACAAUUGAAUCAAGUGAUUGAUGAUCCUAAAUAAAAGGACCAGUUAUGCACAACUUACUUUUAAAGGACACCUAAAAUCAGUGUGUAGGUUUCUUUUCUGGAUUAGAUUUGUAUCUGAAAAAUAAUGGAUAUGACCACUCUACUCCUGUGUGACCUUAGACAUGAGAUUCUGGACUGGAGAGAGAAUAUGUGGCAUCAAUCAUCCAUAUUGUAUUUAUCUACCUUAUUUUUCCUCCACUUAGGGCCUGUCUGGUUUUAUAGCGCUGCUUUUGAAA